AUGGAGUCAAACGGCGACAUAUCCACAUAUCCAGAAUUUUGCACUAAAUGUGGUUCAAUAUUACCUUCAUUGAGUAUGGAAGAAUUUAUUAAGUGUUAUUCGUGUAAAACUGUUUUUGGGCCAGAAAUUUAUGGAAAUGCUGUAGCUGAAUACAACAUUGUUUUGAACUCUAUAGAAGACAUCGAUAAUGUUGUAAAAACUGAAUAUAACAAAAAUGAUGCAGAUGAUGGUCCAAUUGCCGAGAGAAGAUGUGGCUUAUGUGGUCACAACCAAAUGUCUUAUGCUGCUGUGCAAUUAAGAUCAGCUGAUGAAGGACAAACCGUGUUUUACACUUGUCUCAAAUGCAAGUUCACUGAAUCAGAAAACUCUUAA